GAUUUACUAAAAUGUUUCUUGUCUUUUGCAGACGUGGAUUCAGAACUUCCUGGUCAGGGAUUCAGCAACUCUGCUCCUUAGGAAAUCAUUCCUAGCUGUCAACAAUACCAGAGACAAUGUCUUCUGGAAAUGACUGUCGACCCCAGACUUUCAGCAAGCCGGCACUGAGUGAGAAGGAAGCAGCUGAACUGGUUGACAGGGUGUUUGGAUUAAAGGUGUCUUGGCUGAGGCCGCUGCCCAGCUACGACGAUCAGAACUUCCACGUGCGCGUCUCGGGAAACAGCGACGGGGCUGGAGGUGCUGAUGAGUUUGUCCUCAAAAUCACCAACUCGGAAGACAGCCGGGAGCCCGACCUCAUCCAAGCGCAGACCCAGGCCAUGAUGUUUCUCAGUGCCCAGGGCUUUCCUUCAGCUACUCCUCAUCUCACGAGAGAUGGUUCCAUAAUGUCUCUGGAGUCGGGAGGUGCCGGGAACAAGAAGCACAUGGUCAGGCUGCUGACCUACCUGCCAGGAACGCCGGUGGCCAAAAUUGCCACCAAUGCCCAGAUCCUGUAUGAGAUUGGUAAACUGGCUGCCAGCCUGGAUAAAACCCUCGCAGAGAAAUUCCAUCAUCCGUCGGUAAAAAGCCUGCACCGAGGUCAGUUCAUCUGGAACCUGGCAAAUGUUCCUCUUCUGGAGCAGUACAUUGAUGCCUUGGGCCAGAACAAAUACCGUGCAGUGGUGGAACAAGUUAUCGAGCAGUUUAAAGGGAAAGUGAUACCCAAGCUAAGCAGCUUUCGAGCCUGUAUCAAUCACGGAGAUCUCAAUGACCACAACAUCCUCGUAGACUCCAGUUGUGCUUCCCUGGAGAACCCCCAGUACCGAGUGUCGGGCAUCCUGGACUUCAGCGACAUGAGCUACGGCUAUUACGUGUUUGAGGUGGCCAUAGCCAUCAUGUACAUGAUGAUCGAGAGCCCGGAGCCCCUGGGCGUUGGGGGGCACGUUCUGGCGGGGUUUGAGAGCGUGGUGCCGCUCACGGCCGAGGAGAGAGGGGCCCUCUUCCUGCUGGUGAGCGGGAGGUUCGCACAGUCGCUCGUCAUCGCCGCCCACACGGCUCUGCUGUACCCCGAGAACAGGGACUACCUCAUGAUCACGGCCAAAACCGGCUGGAAACACUUAAUGACGAUGUUUGAGAUGGGCCAGGAAGCGGUGGAGAAGAAAUGGUUUGAGACUGCCCGGGCGUACGCACAGCACACACCUGCCCCGUCGGUCGGUGGCUGCUGAGGUGUCACCAGCAGUGACACUGGAUAUAUAAAGGCAAUAAAGUGGGUGCUGCCUGG